AUGUCAAAAAGAUCUCAAGAUUGGAAAGAGUAUGUGCUGCUUGCUGGAAAUCAGCUACAAGAGAAGUGCAGUCCUAGUUUGUCAGAAGCUAUUUUGCCUGAUAUUGGAUCAAGUAGCGAUCUCAAUAUUUUUGAGCCACCGCCUCUACCACAGCAAAACCUACACACUACUCAUGUUAGAUCAAAUCCAACAAUUAGGUCUUCUGUGAAUAAGCGUGCUGCUAGCACAUCUAAUCACUGUAUAUCUUGUAAUUGUUUUGAAACAGAACAUUUACUGGUACAUUCAUCUAUAAAGGAUCUGUUAUUACUUAACAAUAAAUUCUAUGUGCCACCAACUUUAAGCAUUUACUUAGUAAAUCUUAGAACUGGUGAUAGUAAUGAAAGGUUGGUAACUCUCUUUAAUAAAUCUCGUGUCACCAUAGAACGCUUAAUGAAUAAGGCCAGAACAUGUCUAAUUAAUGAGUUUGCUCCACUGUAUUUAGGAUUUAAUCCUAUGACUGUUGAAGAUGUUGCUUCUAGAAAUAGAAUAAUACCAGACAGGUUAUUUGGUAAUCCUGAUUUGCCACCUAAUUCUAAACCAGCAAUAGUCAUCUGUGAUGCUACUUAUGUAUUUAUUCAAAGUAGUUCUUAA